UGUAUGCAUGUUGUGCUCCAAGAGAGGGUGCUCAAUGGGAUUAAUCGUUUGCGCUGCCAACGACGUUAAACUGAGGGAUCACAUUUUUAGAAUCACGCAGUACAAGAUACCCGAGUUACCGGCAAUCUUGAGCCCCGUUUGUGGUGGAUGUCGCUCACAGAUCGAACAGUGCGAUCAAGUCCCACCAAUCACUUUCAACGCAACGGACGGCAAGUAUCCGACGGUUUUGUUGAAUGUGGAUCCGAAUGAUCCGUUGGCUGUACCGGAGAGCGCCCAACAGCUGUGCCGAUCGAAUCACGUUCCGGCGGAGGAAUGGCGCACAAAUUUCACCAGCAAUCCGAUGAAGAUAUUCCGACACAUGUGCGAACUGUGUGGCACGGUCGUCCGCUCGGCGAAGAAACACGUGGCACAGCAUAAAGAUGGGGGUAUGUUUCGCUGUUUCUUUUGCGAGCAGUCCUUCGUUAACAAACCACUCCUCGAAUGCCACAUUUCCGGCCAUAAUAAGAAGCUGUUUGUUUGCCAUUUGUGUGGUCAAGCGUAUCGGACAAAGAGCAUGCUGAAAUGGCACAUGAUUAGGUGCUGCCACACGAACCACGCCAAGCAUCGCAGCAAAGUCUACAGUUGUAAAUGCUGUGGUAAAACGUUUUUCUCCAACUACAAGAGGCUGAAGCAUCAGGAACAACAUGACAAAAAGCGUGUUUAUGAAUGCUUUGUGUGCCGAGCGGUAUUCCCUUCGCUGGAAUAUUUACAGAGACACCGUCGAAAGCAUGCAGUAGACAGAGGAAAGGUCAAACCGGAGGAGACUUUUAGUGAUGAGACUGUUCGGAUCGAUUCCAAAGCCGUGAAUAGCGGCAAAUUAAAACAUACUGAUGUCCAGGAGGAUACAACGACAGAAAGGGAACAGCAAAACAUACCGGCACCAGAGCCGCUAUUACCAUCAACCAAUACGGUGGAAGUCACUGAAGCGACCAGCGAUAAUAAUUUAUCUAAGGAAGAAGAUGAACCAAAAGAGCAACCACCACACGUGCUAGAAUCUGAGCCGCUAUUACCAACAACCGAUAGGGUGGUAGUCACUGAAACGACCAGCGAUAGUAAUUUAUCUAAGGAAGUUAAUGAACCAAGAGAACAACCACUUCACGUGCUGGAAUCUGAUUCAAUCGCUCCAACUAACGAUGCUGCACCUACUAACGAUAGUAGUGUAUCUAUGGAACUAAUAGAGAAACCCCUUGACAAACCCCUUGGAUCUGACGUCAUCACUUCAACAAACGAUCCAUUCGAAUCCAAGGAAAACGAAUGUCUGAGCGAAUCCUCAACAAUCGAUAGAACUGAGCAUAACAUUCCUACAUUUACUGAAAUACCUAAAACAUUGCAUCCUGAAAAAAGGAUCACCAUAUUACAAGUACUAGAUUUACCAAGGUUGCCCCAACAGCACGGAAAUGGACCAACGCCAACCGGGUGUACAGAACCACCGACAAAGUCUCAAGAAGCAGUUACAGCAUCGCUACCAGCACCGGAUGAUCCGCCGACUUUAAGCGUUUGUGAAGAAUUAAUACACCAACCAAAUCUCAUCAAAUUGGAGAUAUUGCCUGCUUGGAAAAGCCACGAGAAAAUUAAUCCUGAGCUAUGGCCCAUACUAGGCAUACCAACCAGUAUACCGUUUGCGAUGAAGAGAAAGGACAUCAGUUCGUCAUUGGCGAAGCAUAAGGAACAGCAGCAAACUAGGCCAAGGUUUGAAGACCGUCUUUUACAGUUGCCCCCGUGCCUGAAGAAGGACUGUAACUGUGAUGAUUUUGUCAGAUGUUUGUAUGCGUAGGAGGAAGAUGUUGUGCGAAAGGUUUUUGUACCUGUGUCGUUUCUCCUGUGGACGAAAUUUAAAUAAAAUGAUUU